AUGUUAUUUUUUGCAUUAUUUUUCGUAUAUUUUCAAGGAUUGGCAAGUCAAAGUUGUGGUAAGUCCAGAAAAAAAAAUAAGUUGGCGCCAAUAUGAUUCAAAUCUAUAUUUUGAAGACUACAACCUGGCAACCUAUCCAUCUCUUAUUCUUCAAACAAAUCAUCUCACUCAAUUCAACUACGGUCUUCGAACAUUUUCUCCAACAAUUCUAAAAAUCGCCAAAAACAUCAAAAGAUCUCCGAAAGUUCUCGAGAAAAUCAACGAACUAUUGGAAAAAUAUGAGAAUUUGCGAAAAUCGGCGGGAAUUCCAAAAUUGCAGGAGGGAAUUCGGGAAUUAGGAGGGAAAUUAGAGAAAAUAGCUGGAAAUUUGGGACAAGAUUGUAUUGCAACAUAUAUGUUCAUUUUCAAUGAUAUUGUUGUGGGAAAUGGAACUACAGUGAGAUUUUGUUGGGGUGAAAAUAUGAUCUGAAAUAUUUAAAAAAUUUUCAGCCAACAACUCCACUUCCUACAACAACUCCACGUCCAACUACUACAGUAAAAUUUUAAGAUUUUUCAGAAAGAUUAUGAAUUUUUUCAGCCAACAACUACACUUCCAACGACAACGACAACACCACGUCCAACUACUACUGUAAUGGGGCUAUUCAGCGAUUUUCUCAACACGCUGAGAAAACGGGAAAAAUGCUGAUAAAAUCAUUUUCUCAACCGUUUUCCUAUUUUCUCAGCCUUCCUGAAUAAGUUUUCUCAACCAAUUCAGCGUUGAGAAAAGACGUUGAAUAGCCCCAUAAGAUUUCAGGAAAAAAACACUUUUAAGAUAUGAAAAUUCUGCCGAAGCUUGAAAAAAUGUUAAAUCUAGGCUUAGGAGCAUUCUAUAUCUCUAAAAACAAUUUUUCAGCCAACAACAACAUCUUCAACUACAACUACCCCAUUUAGAACAACUACAGUAAGGUUUUCAGAAAAUGUUAAUCAAGAAAUGUGUUUAUCUCCGAAAAUACGAAAAAAUCUGUGAUUUUUCAGCCAACAACUACACCCUCAACUUCAAAAACAACUCCAAAAACAACUACAGUAAGAUUUAAGAAAAAACUGAAAAAAGCCACAAAUUUGAAAAUUUGAAGUUUUUAUUCGAAACUUCUGAACUUUAAAUGAAAAUUUUCAAUUUCGAAAAUUUGAAAUUCUUAGACUAGAUUCAGAGAAGUCCAAUUGUGCCUACUAUAUUUAAAUCUUUAAAUUUACAGCCAAAAACUACACCUUCAACUACAACUACUCCAGUAAAAACAACUACAGUAAGAUUUUUAGAAAAUUUUAAUCAAUAAGGUCCAAGCAAUGUGUUUGUCUCUGAAUAUACAAACAAAUCUGUACUUUUUCAGCCAACAACAACUACACACUCCACUACAACAACUCCAAUUAGAACAACAACAGUAAGAUUUACAGAUUUUCCAAACUCUGAAAACAUAAAAAAAUGAAAAUUUUCAGUCAACAACAACACGCUCCACUACAACUACCCCAGUAAAAACCACUACAGUAAGAUUUGCAAAAAUUUCACAAUUCUAAAACCCUCCAAAACAUUGUCAUUUUCAGCCAACAACAACACCUUCAACUACAACUACACCAGUUAGAACAACUACAGUAAGAUUUACAGAUUUUCCUAACUUUGAAAACAUCAAAAAAUGUAAAAUUUUCAGUCAACAACCACCACCACCACGACUACAACAACUCCUAAAGUCUGAAAACUUCAGAAUUUUUUCAGAAAACAAAAAAUCAAUAAUAUUUUCAGCCUCCAACAACAACAACUGUAGAUGGUGAUUAUCCAAUGAUUCAUCCACCAAUUCCAACAAUUAAAACUAAUUAA